GCUCUCCUCAACCGUUUCGACGCCAUAAUGGAUUCCUUGGCGAAUUACGCGAGCGACGGCGAGAACAGCAACAAUUCCGAGGACACGAAGAUCGAGGCUCGUUAAAUGCUGGGUUAGGAACUAGAGGCAGUGUGUACACUAUACACGUCCGGUCGUACUUUGGAGAGUACUCAUGUUCGACGUACAUGGAUUUUAAAAAAGAUUUAAUUUACAUCAUUCAUAUUUGUCUUAUUCGAUUAUCUUGGUCGAGAAUGAUGCUAGAGUAUUAAACGUAAACUGAGUUAGGACUGGAAGAAGUUUGUACGCGUCGAGUGCCCUGGCUGUUUUCUGACGAAAUCAAAUAAUGGAUGUUUGGAAAACAAAAACUUCGUAUGGAAGAAUUGGUGCGAUUUCUAACAGAAGAGCUAGCGACGCCAAUUAUGAUCCUGUACAAAUGGACAUGAGUGAGGAGAGCAACAACAACAACUCGUCGGGAGAUUCCGGCAGUGACCGUGCCAGCAGUCCAGUAACGGCCCGUGCCUCUCUGCCAAAAACGAGUUCGUCUCGAAGCAAUCGCUCUCCCUCAAAUCACAGGCGAACGGAUCACGAGAGUCACGCAUCCGGUGCACGAGAUGAGCCCAAACGCAGCGAAAAACAGGAGAAAAGCAAACAUUCCACCGACAGAAGUAGACGUUCUCCACAUGAAGAUAGAAAGCACAGAGACAGCGAACACAAAGAUGGCAAAGAAUCAUCUAAACGCUCAAGAGACGACGAAAGGAAGCCUCGAGACGAUGACAGGAGAUCUCGAGACGAGGAGAGACGACGGGACAGAAUCUCUUUGGGCUCCUCCAGGGAAGAGAAGCACGAAGACAAGGAGAAAAGUGAGAAGGACCAUCGCUAUCGAGAGGACAGAAGGGACCGCAGCGAAAGGGAGAGGCGAAGGGAGAGAGAGAGAGACCGGCGCCGAUCCAGAGAUGACAGGUCGAGAGAUCACCAUCGAGAUGACAGGUCGAAUCAUUACAAGGACAAGGAUCGACCGCGUUCCAGAUCCAAAUCCAGGGAUCGUGCUCCAAUUCCUGCCAGACCGCUGAGCUAUAGGGACGAAAAGGGGCGCAGCAAAUUGGCACAGCUGGAGAAGCUGGGAAUCGAGCUGAAAGCUCCGGAAGGUGAAUCCAACACACCAAAUGUCACCGAACAGCAUUACUACAAUCCUCUGGCUACGGCGACCCAGGGGAAGUAUGCCGAGCAGAUACAGAAGAGGAAGCUCCUGUGGGCUAAUAAGUCAAAACCAGAGGAAAGUAAAGGCACCUCUGCGGCAGCAUCGAAUGUGAACACUUGGGUGGGGACAACGUUCACCCACGACCAGGAUGGCAAAGUAACUGCCAAGUUUAAGCGAUUGAUGGGCAUUAAGGGCGAUCUACCGGCGGUGGCUACGCCUGGAGCAAAGCCAGACAUCCUGAAGAAACAGGAAGAGAUGUUCAGCAACAUGGAGCAGCAAUACGAAGUGGCACGUGCUACCACCCAUACUCAGCGAGGUGUGGGUCUUGGCUAUGCCACCGGUGGGUACCAGUUUCCACGGUAGGAUGAGCAAACCUUCACGGAGAGGAUGGAAAGCAAAGAGUACUCCAGGGUAUUUUUAUUUUACUAAUUGCGUAAGCGGAUCACGGCAUUCGCUAAAGGUGCACACCGAGUCGGAGAGUUCGUUGGCUAGGUGAUGCUUAGUUUCAAAGGUCUUUCCUCGGAGGGAGAAAGAGAUGUGUAAAGUCAGUCUAAUUAGAUCGUAAGGUGGAAUUCGCUGCAUUUUCAAGAUCUUGUUACAACUAUGUACCUUAAUCAUAGUCAUAGGGCGUAGGGUUCAUCUAUGUUCCAGUCCACGAUUGAAAUUCUGCGUCGCGGUCUUUCGUUUUCACUUUUUUUUUUUUUUUCCCUUAGUUUUACUCUUGAUGAGAAUAUGGAAGAUUUUCGUUGCCCAACAGAUUUGAUUUGAAAUAUUAAUGGAUAGUCUGCAGGUACAGCUGCCUGUGGUUGGACCCUGCUCAACCAGAGGUGUGAUGCUUCGUAGGCAGUCGAUAUUUGUAUAUGAGCGAUGUAUAAAUAAAUAGAUUUCAGAUGUACAAAAAUUCGUGGGGUGACUGCACCGUAGUUUUCUUCGAUCUCGAGGUUUAAUCUCCGGAUAUAUCCAGAUAUAAGUCGUGCAGGUAAUCACAGGUGACGAAAAGUGGAAUCGCUUCAGUGCCAUACCGUUUAUUCCAUGCAAUCUCUUGUUACAUAAAAUUCGAGUAGUUCUCGACAGUGCGUUUA